UGGUACUUGGAGUCCCGUAACGACCACGACGACGGGAGUGGGAGCGGAGGCGGAGGAGAGCCGGCGAGAUGGACGGGAGGAAGAAGAGAGGGGGAGAAAUCCCCAGAGCCGCUGCGAUUUGGAUCCUUUCCGCCCUAAUCCUUGCCUCUAUCGCUCCGGUCUCCUCCAUGGACGACAAGUGCGCGGCUUGCAACGCCGUCGCGGCUGAGCUAGAAAUUGGACUUUCAAAUGAGAAACCAAGAAACCAUUUGGACAUGCGUCACCGUUUGGAUUCUAGAGGUCAACGUGAAGGGAAAGUCAUUGAUUACAAAGUCAGUGAGCUAAGAGCCGUUGAACUUCUGGAUGGACUCUGUGAAAAAAUGCAAGACUACACUCUAAUGAAGUUAGAGUCAGGCACAAACGAGUGGGUCAAAGUAAGAGAUUGGGAUGCCCUUAAAGCUGAUAAGCAAGAAGCACGUGCUCACUCAAAAAAAUUGUCAUCCUUUUGUGGAAGGUUGUUGGAGGAAACAGAGGAUGAGCUUGCUGAGUUGAUAAAACAAGGAUCCGCUGUACCAGGAGGUGUCAACAAGGCUCUUUGUCAAGACCUUAGCAAGCAUUGCAGCUCUUCGAGGGGUUCCUCCAACAUGGAUGAUAGAGAAUUAUGAGAUAUUUUUUUUGGUGCAGAAUACGAACAGUUGGAAGCUGUAACCUGAUCAAUCAUUCAUGAUUCAUUUAUCUUUAUAUUCUAUUCUUGGAUGAAAUGGUCAAAACCUUUCCAGCCUGUUAGAAAAAUUCUCACGUGGUCCUCUUCAGUAACAUUCUUUAUUGAUCAAUACAAAAUGUUCUGACUAUUUAUUGUCAUAAAGUAA